CCCGCUCCGUACAGGCGGCCCCGCCCCGCUCCGGCUCGGCGCCGCCGAACUGUCCCGCCUGCGCACACGUGCGGUCGCAGCGAUGGCGGACCCCCAGCUGCAGCUAGUGGCCCAGCGCAUCCGCAGCUUCCCGGACUUCCCCACUCCGGGCGUGCUGUUCAGGGACAUCUCGCCCCUCCUGAAGGACCCCAACUCCUUCCGCGCGGCCAUCAGCCUCCUGGCGAACCACCUGAAGAAGACCCACGGCGGCAAGAUCGACUACAUCGCGGGCCUGGACUCUCGAGGCUUUCUGUUUGGCCCCUCCCUGGCCCAGGAACUUGGCUUGGGCUGCGUGCUCAUCCGGAAAGGUGGAAAGCUGCCGGGCCCCACAGUGUCCACCUCCUACACGCUGGAAUAUGGGAAGGCUGACCUGGAAAUCCAGACAGAUGCCCUGGAACCAGGGCAGAAAGUGGUAGUCGUGGACGAUCUGCUGGCCACUGGUGGAACCAUGCGCGCUGCCUGUGAGCUGCUGGGCCAGCUGCGGGUCGAGGUGUUGGAAUGCCUGAGUGUGGUGGAGCUGACCUCGCUGAAAGGCAGAGAGAAGCUGGGGGCCGUGCCCUUUUUCUCCCUCCUGCAGUAUGAGUGACCUUGAUACCCUGCUCCACACCAGCUAGAAAAAGAAGAGUUCUGGCCUCUGUGGCUACACUUGACAACUUGCUGUCCAUGUGGACUUUUUUUUUUUUAAUACAUUUUAUUGAUUUUUUAGAGAGGAAGGGAGAGGGAUUGAGAGUUAGAAACAUCAAUAAGAGAAAAACACCAAUCAGCUGCCUCCUGCACACCUCCUACUGGGGAUGUGCCCGCAACCAAGGCACAUGCCCUUGACCGGAAUCAAACCCAGGACUCUUGAAUCCGCAGGCCGAUGCUCCAUCCACUGAGCCAAACCAGUCAGGGCCACCUGAACUUUUUAUCCAUUUCUGUGGUUGAGUUACCAUCCAGCUCCUGGGGUCCUUCCUGCAGGUUCUGGAAGUGCAAAGGCCUGAAGCCGGUGGCCCAGGGCAAAGCCAAGCCCAAGCUGCUCAGAUUUCCAGUGAAAUAAGAACAUGAUUGAUCAACUCUG